GCUUUGCUGCAUCCGUCACUGAAGAACAAAAUAAGAGUAAAGGAGACAGGCUGCAGAGCAUGGGAGGCGGUGGGGUUUUCUGAGACGUUUCCUGGGCUUUCCGCGGAGCAUGAGCCUUUAAAACGAAUUCUUUUUUAUAGAAACUCAUUUGUGUAGCUGGGAAAAUGAUACAUAUGCUAAACGCAGCAGCCUAUCGGGUGAAAUGGACCAGAUCCGGCGCUGCUAAGAGGGCUGCCUGCCUGGUGGCUGCGGCAUAUGCUCUGAAAACCCUCUAUCCCAUCAUUGGCAAGCGUUUAAAGCAGUCUGGCCACAGGAAGGAAGAAGCAGCAGCUUAUCCGCCUGCAGAGAACAGAGAAAUACUGCAUUGCACAGAGAUCGGCUGUAAAAAGCCUGCGCCGGGACUGAAUGCAGAUUUUUUCAAACAGCUACUAGAACUUCGGAAAAUCCUCUUUCCAAAACUUGUGACCACUGAAACGGGGUGGCUCUGCCUCCAUUCGGUGGCUCUAAUCUCAAGAACAUUUCUUUCUAUCUAUGUGGCCGGUCUGGAUGGAAAAAUAGUGAAAAGCAUCGUGGAAAAGAAGCCUCGGAGUUUCGUCAUCAAGUUGAUCAAGUGGCUUAUGAUUGCCAUUCCUGCCACCUUUGUCAACAGCGCUAUCAGGUACCUGGAGUGCAAACUGGCUUUGGCCUUCAGAACUCGCUUAGUAGACCAUGCCUACGAAACCUAUUUUGCAAAUCAGACUUAUUAUAAGGUGAUAAAUAUGGACGGGAGGCUGGCCAACCCUGACCAGUCCCUUACUGAAGACAUUAUGAUGUUCUCACAAUCUGUCGCUCACUUGUAUUCCAACCUUACCAAGCCUAUUUUAGAUGUAAUCCUAACUUCCUAUACUCUCAUCCGGACUGCUACGUCCAGAGGAGCGAGCCCAAUAGGGCCCACGCUUUUAGCCGGACUUGUGGUCUACGCCACGGCUAAAGUGCUGAAGGCUUGCUCUCCUAAAUUUGGCACACUAGUGGCUGAGGAAGCUCAUAGGAAAGGCUAUCUGCGGUACGUUCACUCCAGAAUCAUAGCCAACGUGGAAGAAAUUGCCUUCUACAGAGGACAUAAGGUAGAAAUGAAGCAACUGCAGAAAAGUUACAAGGCUUUAGCUUAUCAAAUGAACCUCAUUUUAUCCAAGCGUUUAUGGUACAUCAUGAUAGAACAGUUCUUGAUGAAGUAUGUGUGGAGCAGCUGCGGACUAAUUAUGGUGGCUAUCCCUAUUAUCACUGCGACAGGCUUUGCAGAUGGUGAUCUGGAGGACGGCCCAAAGCAGGCCAUGGUUAGCGAUCGGACAGAAGCCUUCACCACUGCCCGAAAUUUAUUGGCCUCCGGAGCUGACGCUAUUGAAAGAAUUAUGUCUUCAUACAAAGAGAUCACUGAACUAGCAGGUUAUACUGCUAGAGUCUACAAUAUGUUCUGGGUCUUUGAUGAAGUGAAAAGAGGCAUUUAUAAGAGAAAUGUCACUCAGGAGACUGACCAGCAUAGCAAGAGUGGAGGGAACGUGGAGCUACCCCUCAGUGACACCCUAGCAAUUAAAGGAACAGUUAUUGAUGUGGAUCACGGAAUCAUUUGUGAAAAUGUGCCCAUAAUUACACCAGCAGGAGAAGUGGUGGCUUCAAGACUAAACUUCAAAGUAGAAGAAGGGAUGCAUCUUUUGAUAACUGGUCCCAAUGGUUGUGGGAAAAGCUCUCUCUUCAGAAUCUUAAGUGGGCUGUGGCCUGUGUAUGAAGGAGUCCUCUAUAAACCACCUCCCCAACACAUGUUCUAUAUUCCACAGAGGCCAUACAUGUCUCUUGGAAGUCUGCGUGAUCAAGUCAUUUAUCCUGACUCGGUGGAUGACAUGCACGAGAAAGGUUACACUGACCAAGACCUAGAAGGCAUUCUGCACAGUGUCCACCUCUACCACAUAGUUCAAAGAGAAGGAGGAUGGGAUGCUGUUAUGGACUGGAAAGAUGUCCUAUCGGGAGGGGAAAAGCAGAGGAUGGGUAUGGCCCGGAUGUUCUAUCAUAAACCAAAGUAUGCCUUGCUGGAUGAAUGUACCAGCGCCGUGAGCAUUGAUGUGGAAGGAAAGAUCUUUCAGGCUGCUGUGGGAGCUGGGAUUUCCUUACUGUCCAUAACACACAGACCUUCUCUGUGGAAAUACCACACUCACUUGUUACAAUUUGAUGGCGAAGGAGGUUGGCGCUUUGAACAGCUGGACACUGCUAUCCGCUUAACAUUAAGUGAAGAAAAACAAAAGUUAGAGUCUCAACUGGCUGGAAUUCCCAAAAUGCAGCAGAGACUCAAUGAACUGUGUAAAAUUUUGGGAGAAGACUCGGUGCUGAAAACAAGCCAAAAAGAAGAGGACACACCCUAAUUUAUUUUGACAUGUUUUAAGUUAACUUUUAGGGAACGCCUCAGAGACUCCCUUCCCUGCAUGCAGUAUGCUAAGCUAAGUGCAGAGAAAGCAAGCCAGAAAAAAAGUAUUUGGUAUGAUUUUAGCAUCAAGGAAGUAUAAGAUAACUUUUGGAAAGAAAAGAAAAUGCAUUAGUUCAGAUUAGUCGUGACCUCUAUUAGUACCCAAUGAAAGGCCAACUCACCUAUAAAAAAAAGAGGACCUUCUAUGUGAAUAUGUGUGGUCUGAGGUUCUUCUUGUGGGAGAAAGCCCCAAAACAAAACAAUAAGGGCAGGACCUGGGUUGACGUCAGGUGGGCAGCAUCAGAAGUUUGAGUGCUGCUUUAGCCCACUUACCAUGGACAGUAGGUACAACGCCUGAAAUCCAUAAUCAGCGCUGCUAGUGGCCAGCUAAAGCUCUGUACAAGGCAACAGUGUGAUUUUAAGAAGCUUCAAUAUGAAAAAAUGUAUUUUAACGACAGUGGUUGAAGACAAGCAUGGCUCAACAAGCAUGAAGUACUGUGUAUGAGACUGUCAGACUAAUGCAGACACAAACAAUUGACUUUAAUAAGAAUCGUGCAUAUUUAUUAAAACCCCUUUAUUUUUAAAAAGAGAAUUGCCCGUACAGAAGAGGAGGGUCUAAGCAAUGCUUGCACUGGCUGCCACUUGAAUCUGCAGUGCUCUAUACUUCAAUUAUUAUGCAGAAAUACUGCUUGUUUGGUGCCCAAAGAAGCAUUUUUUAAAACUUGGAUCCUGGAGUUCAUAGUUAUUCCCGCAUUCAUUUCAUUUAUUCUGCCUUUGAAGCGAUCUUUGGAGGCAGCUCGUCUUUGCUCAUUUGCUUCUGAGAAGACAGAUACUCAGAUUUAUUUUGAUCACGUAAUUUAUUUUGGAAGACAUGUAGAGAUCAAAUGAUGUUCUCAUGAUCUGAUUCAGUACUGUUGCUACUACUGCCCUUUCAAUUUAACUGAGCUAUAAUGUCAAUAAGAAACGAGAUGGGCCAGGUUGGUGGACAGAAAUGGAAUUAGGCAGAGUAGGAAGUAAGGAAAAAUUUAAAGUAGAUAAAUAAAUACAGUUGAGGGCAUGGAGAAAUGACACUUGCUUCUCUUGAAGGGGACCGGAAUUUUAUUGCCAGCACCCACAUGGUGGCUCCAAAACUGUUUAAUUCCAGUUCCAGUGGAUCUAAAGCCCUUUCCUGGCCUCUAAGUGCCCUGCAUACAUGUAUUGCUCAUUCAUAUAUGCAGGCAAAACACUCAUAUUCAUAGCAUUCGAAAUAAAGAAGUCUGAAAGAUAGUAAAGAUAUUGAAAAUUGGCAAGGCUGACAUUAUUAUUUAUUUGGUCUUUGCAAGAAAUGAAAAAUGAGUAGGAAAUGGAAUGGCCAUUGAUCUUUGACUUAUAGCACGCCACGGAAGCCAGCACACUACAGCUCUGUACAUCUCUUCAAUGUUGGAGCAUCUUCAGCAUCAGCACCCAGAAGGGCAGUACAUUGCUGAAUAUGAUGCGAGACAAUCUAUAUGAAUGUGUCAUGGAAAAGAUCUCAUCCGUCCCAGUGCGCUGGAGUAAGGAACUUUAAUCUCGUCCUCUCUCAGGCAUGAUGAUGUAUAUGAAAAACGAAGAGGAACAGUUAUAGUGGCCUAGGAUUUUGUUUACAUAUUUAGAUAUCACCUUAGCAGAUGCUCAUCUGUCAUAGACUAUUUGAGAGAUAGACUACCUGGAAGUCAUUUACAAUGAUUGCUGUAAGAAAUUACAUUUCCACAUGUUCAAUUCCACAAAAUCGGGGUAAUUUGAAUUAUCAAUAAAAGUGAUCACCUUACAAGAAGUACUAGAAUAUACUUCAUAAUCAGUAAUAUUUCAUUUAUCUGUUACUACUACUUCAUACUUGUGGGGCAAGAGCUGACGAUUUUGUUUAGAGAAAGCAUGGAACUGGAAAGUAAUGCUUUUAUUUUUAAAAUGAUUUCCUAACCUUUAACAACCAUGUUACUAGUUAGCCAGGUUAUCACGCUAACGGAGAAAUGUGUGAAGUGGCUUACAUUAGGUUUUAAAGGCACAAGAAGAAAACUAAAAGUUCACCUUUGAAACUAUAGUGUUCAUAAUUUAAAAUUAAACCAUUUAAGUACCAGAUAUCUUACAUCUUUAAGCUUUGCAAAGAAUGCCAACAUCAAUCCCAGGUUGAUAGUUAGACUUUAUUUAAUAGAUGUUAUCAAUAAGCUGAAAUGAAAUACACAAGAUUCAUUAGAUUUUUAAAUUCUAUACUAAAAUUCCAGUCAUGGAAUUUAAAUGUUAAAAGUUUCAAGAUAAACAAGCUGUUUUUUAAUAGCACUUUUUAAAAAAUUACUGAUUUUCUGAAUUACUUUUUCUGAGACCAGAUAUCCUGUCUAGGAUGGGGAACCUAAUGUGAACUUGUGUUAGGUAUCACAACAUUCUUUCCAAAGUAGGAGGCUAGAGUUGAUAUUCCAACAGGCACACCUGUAGAAACAUGAGCCCAAUGGGACAUCUUCCUUGCAUAGGACAAAGACAAUGAAAUAUGGAAAAUAAAUAUAAGGAAAAUCAAGUAUAAUUUCAGUUGUCAAACUACUGUUAUUUUCCUCAAAAAAAGGUAUAAAUUUAUGGAGCUUGAUUAUUUGAGGGGCUUUACCUCAUGAGCUGAAUUCCACAUUCUAUUUCUGCAGCAUGCAGCGGCAUGCCAAGCAUGAGUCUGAAGCUGUGUUCACUCUUAUAGACAGGAUAAUCUCUAAAACACUCUUGAAUCACAAGGCUGCUGAUCUAACUUGAAAACCAACCCACAUUACCCUGUGUUUACACGGGAAUGGUUUUCCUUUGAUGGUAAUUUGACUUUUGUCCCAAAUUUUGGUGUGUCAAAAGAGGUAUAAACAAAUGUGUUGGUUUUUAUUUCAAGCAUUAAUUCCAAGGAAAAGUGUGUAUUUGUGAAAGGUGUAGCUUAUCUUGAUAUUUGAUAUGGUUUUUUUUAACCUGUGUAUCUUUAAAUCUUGUUAUGCAAUAGAACUGAAACCCAGAGGAAGUUACGUGCUUAGAGAUGCAAUAAACAUUGUGAUGGUGAUUAAAUUAUUUAUUCAAAGAGAUGCCUCUGGCACAGUUGCUUCUUAAGCAUCUGCACCACCAUGCUGCUGUUCCAGAUGCAGGGGCUGAGAGUUUGUAUGCGGACUUUAAAUAUUGCCAUAUGAAAGCUUUCACGUGAAUGUGCAUUUUUAGAAUUGAAAACACGUUUCUUCUUCACUUACGUGGCGUUUCUGAUUACCUGGUGCCGAGAGAUCUCACCAGUUAAUGCCAAAACUUCAGGAGCAAUUUUUCUCUAAUGUGCUCGAGUUGUAUUGAUGAAAGUGAAUGAGAAAAAAAAAAAAAAACCCUGUUGGGAUGAGAAUCAAUACGAAGCUGAGCAAGAAUGUGGCUAUGAUGUCGUCCCCCAGUCUGCGCGGCAUGUCCCAGCUCUUGAGCUCAGCACUUGAGGUUUGAAUGAGAAUGGUUCCCAUAGGCUCUUAUUUUUGAGUGUUUUGUUUCUAGUUGGUGGAGCGUUUAGGAAAGAUUAGGAGAUGUGGCUUGGUUGGCGGUGGUAUCUCAUGGGGGGAAGAGGGGUGGAUUUGGGGGUUUCAGAAGUUCACAAAACCAGAUCCAGUCUCCCUCUCUCACUGCCUCCAUCUUUGGAUAAGAUAUAAGUCCUUGGCUAGGCUCCAACACCUGCCUCCCUGCCUGCCUAUUGCCUUGCUUCCUACCAUGAUGGCCGUGGACUCACCCUCUGAAACUGUAAGCAAGCCUCCACUUAAUGGCUCCCUUUUACAAGCUGCCUUGGCUGUGGAAUCUUUUCGCAGCAAUAGGAUGGUAAUUAAGGCAGGAUUCAUCACAAAUUCUUUAAUCCCCAAGAAAAAUUCUUGAUUACUCAAGGAGUUGCAGGCUAGUUCAGUGGUGUAAAGUGCCUUAUUUGCGGAUUAUAAGUAACUUUUGAGCUUGUGAUUAUAUAUACUUUAGAUACACGUUGUGUGAUGGUUCCUCACACCUGAUUCCAUCAUUUAGGAGGCAGAGGUAGGAGGAUCAUCAUAGUUUGAGGACACCCUUGACUACAUAGUAGGUCCUUAGCUAUCCAGGACUAUGGGAUAAGAGCAUGUCUCAAAACAAAUGAUGAAAAUUUGCACAUAACAUUUCCCAAAUAGUUGCUUAAUCAAUAAUUUCUCUAUUAAUUCAGAUCAUGCUUUAAAUUUUAAUUUAUGCCAGGCACUGUGCUGAGUUCUUUUGUCUGCCUACAACUUUCUCUUCUUAGAGGAUACACAAACUCUUAGUAACUGCAAUGUUCAUCGUACAUAGGAAAACGCAUGCUGGGUGGGAGACAAUUAAAAAGUGCUUGUUCAGUGGAAUAUGAAUAAAUGCGUGAAUGAAUGAAUUGAAAUGUGCAAUAAGGUAAAUGGGAAACACAUGAAAAUGAGGGUAAGGGUGAAUAAGGUCACUGGUGAAAGACAGAGUUCAUGCUUCCCUUCAUGUCCCAGGAACUAGAACUGUGACGGUCACUCUUUCUUUUUUGUCGACAGAAAACUGAGGAUCUUGGUGUUUUGUGCUGCUUGCUUCAUCUACUUUUUCUCCUCUUCUCUGCACUAAGAAUUAGUCUGCUUUUUUGUUAUUUUCAACAGGAUGCUCUUCUGAAAAUACUGUGGUUUUGUAAAUGGUUUUGCUCAUGUCAGCCACACAUAUAAUAAAAACGCAACAAUACAGAGAAGAUCAAUUAUCCCUUCUAAUUCCCUGAUACAACAGAAAAUCCAUAUUAUAUUAACUAUUCUAUUUGAGUUACUUAGUUCCACUUGCAUUCUCUCUUUUCACCAGCUUCUGAAACUCCCAAGUGUGCAUUCUUCUUCCUGCUUCGCUGAGUGAUUCUCAACAUUCCUUAUGUCGUAAGGAAAAGGUCUAGGGAUCUCUAUAUCUUGCUAUUUUUAUGAACAAUUUAAGAAGUCUUUAUGAGUAAGAGAAGUAAGAGACAUGGACAUAUUUCUAUUUUCUUAAUAUUUGCUUGGAGUUUAAUACCAUCCAAACAACAAACAAUGAUGGCUAACUCCCAGUGAUAAGAAAUUAAAGCAGAAAUAGAUUGAACUAACAGUUGAGCGCAUUAGAAACACAGCACUCUCCCUUGCCUUGGACCACAACUGAUUGCACUUCUUGGUUGGUUCUAACCUCUUAAUAACCUCAGACUGAGCAUGCUCCUUUACUAGCUUUUCUGUGCCUCAGUUUUUAAACUUUUUAGAUGUGAGGAUUAACUCACUGUA